UUGAGAGGGUAGGUUUCACCACGGAUAAUGAUGACUUUGUGGCAGUAUGCGGUGGGAGGAUUAGUAACUUUGUCCCGAAGGUUGGAUCCACGUUGAGGAUGAAGAGGUGAACCAUGAAGCUGCAGAACGGCCAGCUGGUUCACUGUGAGGACACCGGCUCUUGUGCGCAGCGGGCCCUUGGGGCCAUGACCCGGGCAGAGCAGGGCCCCCAGACGGGGGCCCCUGGGGGGACCGAGCCCACAGAGCCCUCCCCAGCUGAGCUGGUUCAGUGCCAAGAGGACAUGGGCUCCUUGCUCAGCUCCAUCGCCGAGCUCAACGUGAAGAUUGGGAGACUGAAGGCGCCCAGCGAACCAGAGGACUUUAAACCCUCCAGAGUAUCCCAACCUGUGCUUCAAGGCUUGUGGCACCACAGGCUUCUCACUGGAGGCCAAGAGAGGCACCCAGCCCCAGGCUCUGACCGAGGCCCUCCUAACCCGGGUGGGCACACACAACCUUUCACCUUAGUUUUUUGACGUUUCAUAUUUUUUGUAUGUUCUUUACUACCAAAAUAAUUUCCAUAUCUAUGUAAAAAUCCCAAGUAAAUUAUGUAUCUAAAGAAGAACAACUAGGACUAGGUCCAUUGCCAGAAAAUACUAUUGGAUUAUUCCCCAUAAACAAAGUGACUGCCGUCUAACUUUUCUUCCACCAGAGGGCAGACGUGAGUUAUGGCCCAAACUACAGAAGGCUCUUACGGCUGUGGAGAGGUCCGUCAAUACCAGGCGCAAAUGGGCCAUUCUCACCACUGCUACGGAUCUGGUCAGACAGACAGAACACCUCGUAGCAGCUGAAACAAUCACAGCGUCAGCGACGCAGAUUCUGGAGGAGAUACAAAGAGAGUUGGGGAUUUCGUUUCCUCCAGCAAUGCCAAAUCUAGAACGUCCACAAUGCCGUAUCCACAGCAGCUUGGGGGCGGAGACGCAGGCGCCCCCCACGCCCCCCCCACGCCCCCCCCCAGCCCCAUCCCUCUGAUGGGAGAGAUGGGCAGCCUGCGGAGGAAGCUGGAGGGUCUGCAGAAGGCCUGGAGCUCCAGGAUUCCCUCCCCUCUCUACAGCCCUCCCGGGGCCUCCCCGUGUGGGCCUCGGAGCCCCAGGCUGACCUCGCCGCCUCCCUACCCCGGCUCCCCCCUGCUCCUCAGGAGGCCGCUGCGAGCCUUCACAGCUCCUCUCUCCACGCUCAGGGACACCUCCCCCCCCGGCUCCCCCCGGCCUGCCAGGGCCCCGGGGGUCCGCAGCACGUCACCGGCCCCCAACUCAGCCAGCAGCCACGAGAGCGAGACAGAACGGUUGCAGAGGUACGUCGAGCGGCUGCGGGCGAGGAACCAGCGCCUGAGCUCCGCUCUGGAGCGGCGGACGGCCGAGCCACCGCAGGGGGACCGGCCCACCCUGCAGAUGGCCCUGGCAUACUGCCAGGAAUGUGAAGAAGCUUAUAGCGAACUACUGUCCCUGUAUGAGUUGAACAAACAACAAGGCGUUGAGGUCUGCCAGUUCCCAUCAUCAGGCCCCGCUGGGGACCUGCAGCAGUCUAGUAGUCCGCCACACCGCUUCAGGUUCCCCGAGGCCCAUCAGCUGUCCACUUCCUUCUCCACAGCAGGGGGCGCUGUGGGGGGCGACGGUUGGACUCUAGCUGAGCAGAGGGCCGCUUCCGUCGGGCGGGAGGCCGCUCUCCGGCUGCAUAUCCAGGGUCUGACCGCCGUGCGGCCCCUGAGGACUGGAGGAGAAAGGCCCCUGGUCCCCGCCCCCGGGCUGGCCCCAGACCCGGGCCCCGCUACAUAUGGGCUGGAGCUGCAGGAGGAUGAGCGGGCGAGGGGUACAGAGAAGAGUCUGCUGUUCGAGGAACCUUUCACCGUCGGGGAGGAGAUGGCCGAGCGGUCGGCUGAGACCCACCUGGCAGAGGAGGAGCUGAGGUGCCUGGACUGGGCUCUGCAGGCCCUGAAGGCCCAGGAUUCUCCCCCCGGCCCCCCUCUGGCACCGCACCCCCAGAGCCCCGGAGUGGGGCUGCUGCACCGCGCUGAACCCCAGUCACUUCCUGAAGCGGAAGACAAUGGGAACACCUCUCGUUCUCAGAAGAAAGACAAUCUGGAAGAGCUCCACGUUAUAUUUCAAAGAGAUCAAGGUUUGAAGAAGAGACUGUCCCUCGUUCGGGAGUCCUUGGCCACAGCUCUCCGGGACAGCGCCCCCCGCAGACGGGACAGCGAUGACCCCACAAGCCGGAAAGCAGCGAGCGCUCACAGGAGCAGCCGGAGGAGGUACCAGGAGCAGGUAUGGAGGCUGGAGCAGAAGGUGGCAGCCAUGUCCCAGAGCCAUCUGAGUCAGAUAGCCGGCCUGAAGGCCACCGUGGAGGCCCUGGAGGGGAGGCGGGAAGAGACGGCUCUGUGACCGUACCAAACACCUUUAACCUUUAUUAGAUCGGCCCUGUGUUACAUCAUAACCCCAACACCUUAAGGGACAUAAGAACCUGUGUUACAUCAUAACCCCCACACCAUAAAGGACAUUAGAACCUGUGUUAUAUCUCUCUGGGCAGAAUAAUGUUGGUAUUGUUUUGUUUGAGGAUCAAAUCUGUGGUCUUUCCGCCAGAAGGUGAAAGUAAAGUAAAUUAGACUGAAAAACAAAAAGAGUUUGUCAGUUUGUCUGGUCUUUGCAGCCUUGCUGGGUUGGACUAAAACGCACACACACACACGGACAUGCACGCACAAGCACACGCACACUCACACACACACACGCACACACACAGACACACAGAGACAUAUAAUGGUUGACAGCUUGCACUCAUGGUCCUUUGACAGUUUGUCUAUAGCUUGGGUAAAUCCAUCCUCUGUGUUUAGGCCCUGUUGGCCCCUGGGUUUAGGCCCUGUUGGCCCCUGGGUUUAUUGGCCCCUGGGUUUGGCCCCUGUGUUUAGGCCCUGUUGGCCCCUGGGUUUGGCCCCUGUGUUUAGGCCCUGUUGGCCCCUGUGUUUAGGCCCUGUUGGCCCCUGGGUUUGGCCCCUGUGUUUAGGCCCUGUUGGCCCCUGUGUUUAGGCCCUGUUGGCCCCUGUGUUUGGCCCCUGUGUUUGGCCCCUGGGUUUAGGCCCUGUUGGCCCCUGUGUUUAGGCCCUGUUGGCCCCUGGGUUUAGGCCCUGUUGGCCCCUGGGUUUAUUGGCCCCUGGGUUUAGGCCCUGUUGGCCCCUGGGUUUAGGCCCUGUUGGGCCCUGGGUUUAGGCCCUGUUGGCCCCUGUGUUUAGGCCCUGUUGGCCCCUGGGUUUAGGCCCUGUUGGCCCCUGGGUUUGGGCCCUGUUGGCCCCUGGGUUUAGGCCCUGUUGGCCCCUGUGUUUAGGCCCUGUUGGCCCCUGUGUUUAGGCCCUGUUGGCCCCUGGGUUUGGCCCCUGGGUUUAGGCCCUGUUGGCCCCUGGGUUUGGCCCCUGGGUUUAGGCCUGUUGGCCCCUGGGUUUAGGCCCUGUUGGCCCCUGGGUUUGGCCCCUGGGUUUAGGCCCUGUUGGCCCCUGGCUUUGGCCCCUGUGUUUGGCCCCUGGGUUUGACCUGACAGCAUCAGAGCUACAUCUUGAGGGGUUGAGAGCUGGACUAGAAGGUCAUCAGCUCCUCAAGAGGUCCUAUUCACUCUGCUCUUCCUUCUGUAAUCUAUACAUAUGUGUGUUUGUAUAGAUUCAUAUAUGUAUAUAUAUAUAUGUGUGUGUAUAUAUUAAUAUAUAUAUAUGUGUGUAUAUAUCUUACCUGUAAUAUAUCUAUAUAUAU